AUGGCGUUUCAGAGACUCAUGGUGGCCAGUCCCAGUCCCCCAGGGACUGAAUCACCAGCUGAGGCGGCACAGGAGACAGUGGAGUCCCUGAUGCAGAAGUUCAAGGAGAGUUUCCGUGCUAACACACCAGUGGAGAUCGGUCAGCUGCAGCCAGCCUCGCGCAGUGCCUCUACAGGGAAGAGGAAGCGAAGGAACAAGUCUCGAGGGGGACUCAGCUUUGGGAGAACCAAGGGGACGUCGGGCUCAGAAGCAGAUGAUGAAACACAGCUGACUUUCUACACAGAGCAGUACCACAGCCGCCGCCGCAGCAAAGGUUUAUUGAAAAGCCCAGUGAACAAGACAGCCUUGACACUGAUUGCUGUGAGUUCCUGCAUCUUGGCAAUGGUGUGUGGCAACCAGAUGUCCUGUCCACUUACUGUGAAGGUGACUUUGCAUGUGCCUGAGCACUUCAUUGCAGAUGGGAGCAGCUUUGUGGUGAGUGAAGGAAGCUACCUGGAUAUCUCUGACUGGCUCAAUCCUGCCAAGCUGUCCCUGUACUACCAGAUCAAUGCCACCUCCCCAUGGGUGAGAGAUCUCUGUGGACAGAGGACAACAGAUGCCUGUGAACAGCUCUGUGACCCAGAAACUGGGGAGUGCAGUUGUCACGAAGGUUACGCCCCUGACCCAGUUCACAGACAUCUGUGUAUUCGCAGUGACUGGGGGCAAAGCGAAGGACCUUGGCCUUACACAACACUGGAGAGGGGCUAUGAUCUGGUGACAGGAGAACAAGCCCCUGAAAAGAUUCUCAGGUCUACUUUCAGCUUGGGCCAAGGCCUCUGGCUUCCGGUCAGCAAAAGCUUUGUGGUUCCACCGGUGGAGCUGUCCAUCAACCCCCUGGCGUCCUGUAAGACGGAUGUGCUCGUCACAGAAGAUCCUGCAGAUGUCAGGGAAGAAGCGAUGCUGUCCACCUACUUUGAAACCAUCAAUGACCUGCUGUCCUCCUUUGGUCCAGUUCGUGACUGCUCAAGGAACAACGGGGGAUGCACACGCAACUUCAAGUGUGUGUCUGACCGCCAGGUGGACUCCUCAGGAUGUGUGUGCCCUGAAGAACUGAAACCCAUGAAGGACGGCUCAGGAUGCUAUGAUCACUCCAAGGGCAUUGAUUGCUCUGAUGGCUUUAACGGAGGGUGUGAGCAACUUUGCCUGCAGCAGACACUGCCUUUGCCCUAUGAUGCCACCUCCAGCACCAUCUUCAUGUUCUGCGGUUGUGUGGAAGAAUACAAGCUGGCUCCGGAUGGGAAGUCCUGUCUAAUGCUCUCAGAUGUCUGCGAGGGACCCAAGUGCCUCAAACCUGACUCCAAAUUCAAUGACACCCUCUUUGGAGAGAUGCUACAUGGUUACAACAACAGGACCCAGCAUGUAAAUCAAGGCCAAGUCUUCCAGAUGACCUUCAGGGAGAACAACUUCAUCAAGGACUUUCCCCAGCUGGCGGAUGGACUGUUGGUGAUCCCACUGCCUGUGGAAGAACAAUGCCGGGGGGUCCUCUCCGAGCCCCUCCCAGACCUCCAACUGCUCACGGGAGAUAUCAGGUAUGACGAAGCCAUGGGUUACCCCAUGGUGCAGCAGUGGCGUGUCCGGAGCAACCUGUACCGAGUGAAGCUGAGCACCAUCACGCUGUCAGCAGGCUUCACCAAUGUCCUAAAGAUUCUGACCAAAGAGAGCAGUCGGGAUGAGCUGCUGUCCUUCAUCCAGCACUACGGCUCCCACUACAUCGCAGAGGCCUUGUACGGUUCUGAGCUCACCUGCAUCAUCCACUUCCCCAGCAAGAAGGUCCAGCAGCAGCUGUGGCUCCAGUAUCAGAAAGAGACCACGGAGUUGGGCAGCAAGAAGGAACUGAAAUCCAUGCCCUUCAUUACCUACCUCUCCGGUCUACUGACAGCCCAGAUGCUAUCAGAUGACCAGCUCAUCUCAGGUGUGGAGAUUCGAUGUGAGGAGAAGGGCCGAUGUCCGUCUACCUGUCACCUUUGCCGCCGGCCAGGCAAAGAGCAGCUGAGCCCCACACCAGUGCUUCUGGAGAUUAACCGUGUGGUACCACUUUACACCCUCAUCCAAGACAAUGGCACAAAGGAGGCCUUCAAGAGUGCACUGAUGAGUUCCUACUGGUGUUCUGGGAAAGGAGAUGUGAUCGAUGACUGGUGUAGGUGUGACCUUAGUGCUUUCGAUGCCAGUGGGCUUCCCAACUGCAGCCCGCUUCCACAGCCGGUGUUGCGACUUUCCCCCACAGUGGAGCCUUCCAGCACUGUGGUUUCCCUAGAGUGGAUCGAUGUUCAGCCAGCAAUCGGGACCAAAGUCUCUGACUACAUUCUGCAGCACAAGAAAGUGGAUGAAUACACAGACACUGACCUGUACACAGGAGAAUUCCUGAGUUUUGCUGAUGACUUACUCUCUGGCCUGGGCACCUCUUGUGUAGCAGCUGGUCGAAGCCAUGGAGAGAUCCCUGAAGUCAGUAUCUACUCAGUGAUCUUCAAGUGCCUGGAGCCAGAUGGUCUUUACAAGUUCACUCUGUAUGCUGUAGAUACUCGAGGGAGGCACUCGGAGCUCAGCACAGUGACUCUAAGGACAGCUUGUCCACUGGUGGAUGACAACAAGGCAGAAGAGAUUGCAGACAAGAUCUACAAUCUAUACAAUGGUUACACCAGUGGCAAAGAACAGCAGACAGCUUACAACACACUGAUGGAGGUCUCUGCCUCCAUGCUCUUCCGGGUCCAGCACCACUACAACUCUCACUAUGAGAAGUUUGGCGACUUUGUCUGGAGGAGUGAGGAUGAGCUAGGACCCAGGAAGGCUCACCUGAUCCUGCGGCGCUUGGAGAGGGUCAGCAGCCAUUGUUCUAGUCUCUUACGAAGCGCCUACAUCCAGAGCCGUGUGGACACCAUACCCUAUCUCUUCUGCCGCAGUGAGGAGGUCCGGCCUGCAGGAAUGGUGUGGUAUAGCAUCCUCAAAGACACCAAAAUCACAUGUGAGGAGAAGAUGGUGUCCAUGGCCCGAAACACGUAUGGGGAGACCAAAGGCCGGUGAGGGAGGGUACUACCCUCCUUGAGCACAGAGACGCUCUUAGAGGGAGCACUACUUUCAUGGAUCCUGGGACCUGGGUGGGCUGGGGGACAGCUGAGGGGCCUGGCCUAUGACACUUGCCAGCAAGGCCAAAGCAAACUGUUUCUCCGUGGACAGACAGCCAAGAACUUUGUAACCAAUGGAAUUAUUCAUUUUUCUCUUUUAUUUUUUCUAAGAUAUUAUUUGACUCUAUCAAAUGUUUCUCCUUUAUAAACCUUUUCUUAUGGAUGGAAGUCAUUGUGGAGGCAAGAGCUUUCAGGUGGAGACCAAGCAGCCUUUCCUCUCCUUCCCUCUGGCCAUGGACCCCUGGAAGGAGACCUGGGGAAAGACAAUUUGACUACUUCCACAUGAGCAAGGAUGCUCUGGAGACUGUGGCAGCAAGGAAGCUUGGGUCUUUAUGGUCUUCUCCCUCUCUCUCUUCUCUCCUCAUCUUUCUUCCUCCUCUUUUCCCCUCUCCCUCUUAACUCUCCUACUCUUCCUCCUCCUCCUCUUCCUUAUUCCUCACCCCCCCCCCCCUCUCUCUCUGGACAUUAUUGAGUUUGAAGGCCCAUUGCUUCUUUCUGCUCCCUGUGGGUCUCUACAGGACUUUCUGUGCAUUAAAAUUCCUAUUGUCUCUC